AUGGCAGGGUGGGCCGGGCCGCCCACUUUGCCACCUCUACUCGUUAGAGAUGAAAAGGGUAACUGGGUGAGAGGUUUCACUUACAGAAUUAGGGUGUACACUCCUCUAAUAGCAGAGCUUUGGGCAAUUCUUAAGGGGUUGAAAAUGGUCUGGGACUGUGGGGCUAGGAAACUGAUAGUUGAAGGAGAUUCUUCUCUAGCUAUGGGAGCGAUAGCAGAGGGAGAUGACAAUGGGAACAUCGCUCAGCUCUUAGAAGAGAUGCGAAUAGGAUGUGCGGAGUUUUUAGCACAUUUCCAUUGUAAUAUUGAUGAUCUUUUGUCUAUUCAUCAAGUUCCCCCUGCUAAUCUUGAGUGGAUGCUGGCUCAAGAGAUGGGAUCUGUAAGUAGUUAG